AUCCACUAAAAUCCUUCUCCUCAAGCAAUUAGCUUCUAGAGAGAGAGAGAGAGAGAAGAGGAAGAAGAAGAAGAAGGAGGGGUUCUAGUUCUACAGUGUCGUAGAGACUCCGUCGGUCUACAUUCGCCUCGGUAAAGAGGUAGGCAUCCUCAUCUCACUGCGUCUUGUCUUCUGUUUCAGUUGAAAUUCUACUUUGCGAGCGCGACUUCAUGUGUGGGAGCUAAGUAGACGUGGGAGCUCGAUUAUCGACUUUCAAUGGGAUUGUGAUCGUGUCCUGUGGGAAAGACAUACAACGAGCUUCCUGGGAAGAUGCCGCGCAAGGUUAAUUAUGGCCUUGAUUAUGAUGACGACUACGACGACGACAACGACUACGAUGACUAUGAUAUUGAUUAUGAUGUAGAAGAUAAUGCUUUUUCUGUUGUAACAGGCAAUUUGCAUAAGCCAAAUCAAGAGGCCACCCGGUCUGGCAUUUGGCGUUGCUCCAUUUGUACCUACGAUAAUGACCAGAGCAUGACUGCGUGUGAUAUUUGUGGGGUUCUUCGAAAUCCUUUGCCUUCGAGUGGUAUCAGCAAUGGCAAUGACCUGAAAACAGUGUGUAAAGAUUCUGGAGCAUCCAAAAUGGCCAGGUCUCUUUUUGAAUCAUUGCCCAAUCAGACACCUAAAAGGGAUGCAUUAAUUCAACAGCAAAAUGAUGAUCCCUUGACAGGACAGCGCACCAUCUUACAUGGGUCUGCUGAUGUGCAUGGGAACUUCAAUAAGCUUCAUGAGGCAUUUAACACUCAUGCCCAUAGAACUGUCAAUAUAGCGCCUUUCAAAUUCGAUGUCCCGUCCCCUGAUGAUAUUGUCACUAAUGGAUUGCGCUCCUCCAAAAUGGGUCCAAAAGCAAGUGCAAACGUAAAGAAGAAUAACAUGUCUGCUCCAAUGAGCACAAGAUCAUCAAACAGCUCAUCUCUUACGAUGCCAAAGGGCAGAAAUGUCGCUGGUAAUGAAAACAAUCAAUUAAAAGAUGGAGAGCGCAAUCUAAGAUCAAGUGCAAAAAGUCCAGAUGAAAUGGCAGGCACCUCGUCAAGCUAUCAUGAGGGUGGGGUUGAGUACACUUUACCAAUGGAUGAGAUCAAGCCGCGAAGUCUUGCGUAUAGUUUAGACAGUGCCUCUAUUAAUGAUAGAGGUGGAUAUUCCAAUAGUUAUGGCACUGGAAAAGCUGCUUCUCAGGGACAGUAUAAACCUGAAAAAUGGAUGCUCCAUGAAGCAGAAGAUGGCUUAUUGAGUCAACUGAAUCUUGCUAUUGUGGGGCAUGUUGAUUCUGGGAAAUCAACACUUUCAGGUAGACUUCUUCAUCUUUUGGGACAAAUAUCUCAAAAGGACAUGCACAAGCAUGAAAAAGAGGCCAAACUACAGGGCAAGGGAUCCUUUGCUUAUGCCUGGGCAUUGGAUGAGAGCCCAGAGGAAAGGGAAAGGGGAAUAACCAUGACGGUGGCUGUUGCUUAUUUUGAUACCAAAAGGUAUCGCGUUGUUGUGCUGGACUCCCCAGGGCACAAGGAUUUUGUUCCAAACAUGAUAUCAGGAGCCACACAAGCUGAUGCUGCAUUGCUCGUCAUUGAUGCAUCCAAUGGUUCUUUUGAAGCUGGCAUGGAUGGUAGUAAGGGCCAAACUAAAGAGCAUGCACAGCUUAUCAGAAGCUUUGGAGUAGAUCAACUUAUUGUUGCCGUUAACAAAAUGGAUGUCGUGCAGUACUCGAAGGAUAGAUUCGAUUUGAUCAAACAGCAGCUUGGGACAUUCCUCCGGUCUAGUGGUUUUAGAGACUCGUCAGUAUUAUGGAUUCCUCUGAGUGCCAUGGAGAAUCAAAAUCUGGUCACAGCUCCUUCAGACAUUCGGUUAUUAUCCUGGUAUAAGGGACCAUACUUGUUGGAUGCUAUUGACUCCCUCCAACCUCCAACCAGGAAUGUUUCGAAACCUCUAGUCAUGCCCAUAUGUGACGUUAUUAAAUCACCUUCGAUGGGGCAGGUCUCUGCUUGUGGUAAAUUGGAAGCUGGAGCUCUUCGAAGUGGAGUGAAGGUUCUGGUCAUGCCAUCAGGGGAUGUGGGGACAGUCAGGUCUUUGGAACGUGACACUCGCCCAUGUGCAAUUGCGAGAGCUGGGGAUAAUGUUGCAGUGGUUCUUCAGGGAAUUGAUACAAGCCACGUGAUAUCUGGCGGGGUCCUUUGUCACCCCGAUUUCCCCAUAACCAUUGCAAAGCAUCUGGAGCUGAAAGUGCUUGUCUUGGAUGGUGCUUCCCCCAUUCUAAUUGGUUCUCAGUUGGAAUUUCAUAUUCACCAUGCAAAGGAAGUUGCCAGAGUUGAAAAAAUGGUGUCAUUGUUCGAUCCUAAGACUGGCAAGGUGAUGAAGAAAGCACCGCGGUGUCUCCUCGCAAAGCAGAGUGCAGUUAUUGAGGUGGUUUUGCAAGGACCAGUUUGUGCAGAAGAGUUUUCAAGCUGUAAAGCUCUUGGUAGGGUCUCCUUAAGAGCAUUGGGGAGAACUCUAGCUGUAGGGAUUGUUACUCGAGUAAUUGAGAAAGAGCCAAUAGCAUUUUUCAAAAGUAAAUAUUUUGUAUUCUUCAGCAAAUGACCAUGUAAUGGCACGGCACCUUAACUAUUGAGUAAGGACAACGGUGUUGAGUAACGCAUCAGUUUUGAUGGAUGAUAGUGGGGCAAGUUGGAAGAUAUAAGAUGAUACAGAGAAGCAGGUGACUUGAUGGGACAUGAUAGUGGCUCUCACAGUAUCGCCUCGGGCUAAAAGAAGAUUGGCUAUUGCAUGUGGAGGCAAAGAGGAGCUGGCGUGUGUUAUAUGGCAUAGAGCCUGAUCCUAAUGUAACGUGUAGAAUUUAUUCAUUCUUUAACGAUGCUAUGGAGGGAAGAAAUAAUUUAAUUCAAGUUGUCAUUUCAGCAAUUUUCAAGUC